AGCGGGAGCCUAUAAAAGCCAAAACGAUAAAGCGAGAGAGAAAACCAACGUCGUUUAUCGCUGAGAGAGAGAGAGAGACUGUGAGGGUUUUUGUGAUCGGAAAAUUUCUUUUUGGCCGCAACCGUAAAUUUUCCGGCGAGGAAGAAAAUCGUUCUUUUGUUUUCCGAGUCUUGUGCGGCGGCGAUGGGCAGCGAGAGCAAGAGCGGAGUAGGAGGAGGAGGAGCGUCGCAGUUCCUGCCGGGGACGAAGAAGGUGAUACAGAGCCUGAAGGAGGUCGUCAACUGCCCCGAGGCUGAGAUCUACGCCGUGCUUAAAGAAUGUAACAUGGACCCCAACGAAGCCGUACAGCGCCUCCUCUCUUUAGAUACCUUUCAUGAGGUGAAGAGCAAACGUGAAAGAAGGAAAGAGAUGAAGGAAACACAAGAUUUUAGGCCGCGAGUUUACAAUGGUAGUUCAAUUCGUGGAGUUAGAGCUGCUACUGAACACAUUACCGGAUCCUGUGGGUCAACUCAAAUGAGUUACAAUGAGCUUGGUAAAGCCGCAUACAAAGGACAAAACGGGUUUGCUGCUCCUUCACCUCAUCCUUCCAUUGUAGGAAGAACUACAAACCAGCAACCUUUAUCUCACAGUGAUUCUUUUAGCAGUUCAUUAGGGUCGGGUGAUGUCAUCUCUGCAUCUGCACAACCUUCUAUUGGAAAUCAAUCUGCUUGGUCGACCAUGAGCUCAGGACAUUUUUCUAUGGCUGACAUUGUAAAAAUGGGUAAGAACCCCAGUAAGGGUUCACAUAUAUCAUCUGAGAUAUCAUCUUUGCAUCAAGAUGCAUGUGAAACAAAUUCGUUUAAUUACAAUGUGGGAUCUUCCCAAUAUUCUGGUGAUGCUGCUGGACAGAAUGCCCUCGGUGAUGAAUGGCCUGUGAUUGAGCAGUCAACAGCUGCCAAUGGGUCAUCAGCUAUAAAUGCAAAUGAGGAUGCGCAUACUAAUAGGUCCAACUCAUAUUGUACUGAAUCCAACAUGCUGAGGGAUUACCAGCCAGAUAAGGUCCGUGGUUCAGAGGUGGGUUUUAAUAGUGAAAAUCAUGGUUCUGACCAUAGUGUGUCUGGUAGAGCCAAGAUAGUUGAUGGUUCUAGUGGAAGAUCUUAUCGUGUUGACAGUUUGUCAUCUAAUUCAAGUUCUUGUGGCUCUCAUAGGCGUACAAAUGAGAAUGAGGAAGGUAAAGCAUUUCCAAAUCAGUCUAUAUCUGAUGAUGUUGCUGUAUCAUCAGCUACUAUAAACAUGCAGCAACUGAGUCUGAAAAAGGAGGAGCCCGAGGAUCAGUGUACAGUAGUCCUUCCAAACAAUUUGCAAGAAUUGGCUGCUGAUUGCUCACAUUUGAGUUUUGGCACCUACAAAUCAGGAAAUAAUACUGCUUCGAGGUCACAGUCCUUCCAAAAUGACUUGGGAGGAACCUAUUCAGGAGUAGAUGCAUCAUUUUCUGGAAAUUCAGGAUAUAAUCACGAUGAGCUACUUGGAUCCUUAUACGACAACGGGAGAGCAACCAUAGAUGCUAAAUAUUAUGAUUUUCCUGCAAAUUCACAGCCGGAGCUAGUAAAGCAUGAUAUUCUUGAAGCUCUAGGGCAUAAAGGCAUCACAGCUCUACCUGAUUUCAGUUCUGACAACAUCCUGAGAGCCAGUUCUGGAAUGUCUUUUGCAUGGGAAGAACCAAAAUUCAAAAACGUUCCACCUCUUCAAAGUGAUAUGGCGUAUCCAGAUUCUCUGCGAAGUGAUCUUUUGGAGUCGACUUUUCAAUCUUUAAGAGGUUCUGAUCUUCCAUUCUCACAGUUAUUGGGGACACCAUCAAUGCCUUCAAGAUACAGCAGUGCAGUUUCAUCUGUAAACAGUUCAACCAUUUCGAUGUCUGAGGCUCUGAGAUCUGCUGCCUUGCCUUUAGCUGAGGUGUCCUCUGUGCUUCCUCAGCACCUUACAGCUCGGUCAUACAUUCAACCUACUUACGAACAAAUAGCAAAUAUUAUUGGCUACCCCACUCCACCUCAGAGCUUCUCGCGUACACCAGCAUCAUUGCAGCAAGCAUAUGUAGGUGGUGCUGGCCUCCAUCAAUCUGUGUCAGGAAUGGAGUACAACCUCCCACAGCACAGAAAUGGUGCCUCAAUAAGCAGAGUGUCACCAUCUGCUGCCGGUGGUGGCCAUGGGAGUUUUGGGACCUCUACCAAUGUUCAUGGAAAUUAUUUGCAUAACUCAUCUGUUGCGCCGAUCAGCAAUAUGGACUAUGAUGAUGUAUUUCGUUCUCAGUACAAGGAUGGAAACCACUUAAACCCUCUUCACCAGAGUUCAAGAACAUUGUCUUCCGCUCAAGACAGUGCAUAUAACAGCUUACUUGGGCAGAAUCAACAGUAUGCAGGAUAUCGACAAGAGCAGGCUGGACAGGUUCCUUCACAACUGCAGCAUUACGGAUCCAUGGGAUACCCUGAUCUCUAUAAUUCUCAAAUGGGCUUAACACAAGAACGACAACGUCAAAGCCACAAUGAAUCAGGCUUUGGUGGUAUUGCUGGUAGGCCAGACUUGUCACCUCAGCAGUUGCACCAAAUUUGGCAGCAGACUUACUGAGUCCUUUUUGUCUAUUUUUUCCCUCGGGGUUGUAGCGAGUUUGGGGUUGGCUAAGUAGGGUUGUUUACUAAGUUCAGAAUCACGGUGGUACUGGCUGGUUGACCAAUUGUACAUACUCUGAACAAAGAAGUUAUUGUUUUGUGCCUUUUGCCCUAAUGCUGUAUCCUACGAAACUAUGUUGGGGCAUAAUUUUUGAAUGAAUGGGACAGCUUGCCAAUUUUGACUUU